UGGCAAAAUAGCUCAAAUGAAAGUUUUUGACGUUGCUCUAGAUGAGGCCGACAUUAAAGCUGCGAUGAAUGAAGACCCCUGUUCAGAAUAUCCCUGUGCCAACAAUGGCACUUGCGUUGAUAAUGGAAACAAUACCUUCGAAUGCAUAUGUCCUCCCGGUGUGACUGGUGAUCGCUGCGAAGUCCGUAAGUACCAAAGUUUAGACCCCUGUUCAGAAUAUCCCUGUGCCAACAAUGGCACAUGUGUGGAUAAUGGAAACAAUACCUUCAAAUGCAUAUGUCCUCCCGGUGUCACUGGUGAUCGCUGCCAAGUGCAUACCUACCAAA